GGAUAAGUUAAUUUAAUAAUUGGUACAUUACAAGUCGUCACUCGCCAAAGGAACGUCCAAGAUGGCGGCCGCGUAUUUUUUGGGACUUUUAUUCGUUUUGGGAUAUGUGCAGGGAGGGCUACUGAAUGCCGACCCUGCCAUCAUUGAGGACUUGAGAGAUGCUGAGAUCUCAUCAGGCUCCAGGAUCGUGGCCGGCUGGCCAGCAGUGGAGGGCCAGAUCCCGUACCAGGGCAGUCUCCGCAUGGUGAGCGCCAUCGGAGGAGUCAGCUCUUGCGGGUGCUCCCUCAUCCACAACAAAUGGGUGCUGACUGCUGCUCACUGCCUUGCUAACCGUAUCACCUUCGUAGUCCGCUUCGGUCUGACCAACCUGACCCGCCCCGAGAUCCUCGUGGAGUCUGCCAACAAGUACAUCCACCCUGACUACGAUGAGAUCAGGGCUGGAGUGCAGACUGCUGACCUUGCUCUCGUCGGGCUUGACCACCACAUCGAAUACUCCGCCAACGUGCAGCCAUCCCGUUUGAUGAGCAGCGCCCAGAAGAACAUCAACUACGAGGGAAUCCAGAUGAUUGUCAGCGGCUUCGGACGUACCGACGAUCUGUGGAAUGGUGGUGCUGCCUCUGAGAUCCUCCUGUGGGUGUACCAGCGCGGUGUCUCCAACGAAGAGUGCUUGAGAUGGUACCCUACAAGCCAGGUCAUCAAGGAAGAGACCAUCUGCGCUGGCUACUGGGACAACCCCUCUCAGUCUUCUUGCCAGGGUGACAGCGGUGGCCCUCUGACCAUCAUUGACGCUGACGGCGAACGCACUCAAGUCGGUAUCGUGAGCUUCGGAUCCACUGCUGGAUGCAACAGCCCAUUCCCCUCAGGUUACGUGCGCCCCGGCCACUACCACGACUGGUUCACGGAGGUGACCGGCAUCAACUUCGACUGGGACAGCGAUGCCAUCAUCCCUGGCAGCUCCGAGAGCUCUUCCUCUGAGAGCAGCGAGCCUUCCUCCGAGAGCAGCUCCUCUUCCGAGGAAGACGGUGCUAACCCAUCAUCUUCUGAGGAGGACGGUUCUAACCCAUCUUCCGAGGAGGACGCUGGCAGCCCUCCCUCUGAAGAGGAAGAGGCUCCCGAAAAAGUCCGCGUUGUCGAGUACUAAAUAAGUUGAAGUUGUGGAAAUAAAAAAAGCAAAAUUAUUUAUGACGUUCCAUGUUUGAAAUAUGAAAAAAAAAUACCAAUGCUACAUAACAAUUCUAGCGGGAAAAAGUAUCAAAAUAUCUAUGUGCUACCAUCUUUGUAAUUUUUCAUAAAUAAAACCAACUUUUACAACUUAAAAA